UGCCGCAGCUCCGGUCGCCGCCCUGCAUCCGCUCGCCCGUCAGUCCGUCCGUGCGUGUGUCGGUGCCGCCGAGGCCAAGGCCAGGGCGGGGACCCGGCGCCGGGCGGGGGGCCGGGCCGGGCCGCGGGGUGGGGGGCAACGGGGUCCGAGCCCACCAUGCCGCGCGGCGUGGGCGUGGGUGGCUUCUGGGCGCUGCUGUCGUGCGGGCUCGCGGCUCUGUGCGCUCUGGGCCUGCUGUCGCCAGCGUGGAUCGUGCCUCCCGCUCCCCGCGGCCCCAAGACGGCCCCCCCGCCGCCCCUGGGCCUGCUGGGACCCUGCCUGACCCCCGCCCCGCGGCCCUGCGCCCCCUUCGCCCUCGGGGGCCUGCGCAGCUUCGGCGACAUCCCGGCCAGCGCCUGGCAGACCAGCACUGUGCUGUGCUCCACUGGUGGCGUGCUUCUGGCCCUCAGCGCCCUGCUGGCUGUCGUCUCCGUCUUCCUCCCCAGUGGGUUCUCUGAGAGGCGAGUCUGUGCCCUGGCCGGCUACAUGCAGAUGGCAGCAGUGGUCAUCAUGGCCUCGGGCCUGCUGGUCUACCCUUUGGGCCUCAGCUCAACUUCUGUGAAGAGAUCUUGUGAGAACGCUGGCCUCUACAGUGCGGGGAGCUGCCAGAUUGGCUGGGGCUACAUGCUGACCAUCGUGGGGGUUGCGCUGUCAGGCUUCUUGCCCUUCUUUGCGAAGUAUGCGCCCAAAGAGCACAUCUCACCUACCCCCAUGCCCACUAUUCUAUAACAGUUGUCACCAACGAAAGUACGUCUCAUCUAAAACAAACGAGCAGAAGGUAGAGGAGUAUCUUGUUUUGCUUUAUUGCUAAAACAAACAAAUACCAUGGAAAUACAGGGGUCUGUUUCCCAGUGCCCCCAACUGCCUUGACCGUCUUCCAUCAGCAUGAGUGCCUGAGUCUGGGGUUGCAAUAGAACUCACGAGAAUGCAAGGAGCCUCUGUCCUUCUCCAGGCAGAGAUCCCAGCCACGAGGAUCAGGCCAACCCACACCUGUCUGGCCUCAGAGAGUGGCAUCUACCUCCCAGUUUCCUCUAUGUCUCAAACACAGUCAGUCCUUUAAAAAAGCAAUUCAUUUUCAUUGGUGACUAGAUAUUAAAUUUUUAUAUAAGCCCAGUUGUGACAACGGUCAGGGUGCUGUGUCAUGUCUAACGAAUCAAUUCUCCAGGUAGCUAAAGGGGACACUGUGUUGGCCAGAAGAAAGCACACUGGAUUAUGCAUGGCCAGAUAGAGGCAGGUGGGUCUCGCAAAUACAGAUUUAUAGUCGAGAAAGGCCUGUCUGCUCUUAGUUUUCCAGACUUUAGAGACAUGGGAGACCUUGCGGAUGAGGACCCAGUGGCUGUCCGUACCCAGCAGGGGGAAGAGCCAUGCCCAGCCAAAGUCAUCCUGAGAAGGCAGUGAGGAGCAAAACAGGACUGAAACUCAGGUCCGCCGACUUCAUAAGCAAGGGCUCUUCCCAUUAUAUCAUGCUGUUUUCCAAUUGGUUCAUUUGAAAUUUUCCUUAAAAAGACUUUGCAAAUGAUAUCCCUAGGUUAAAUAUUGGCAUUAAGUAGAACAAAAUGAAACACCCAGAGACUUGACUGAUGACACAUAGAUUUUCUUGGAAUCAGCUUGAAAGGUAUUGGGACAAAAAGGCUACCGUGUUUAGUAGACAGGAGAGGUUUUCUAAAAACACAAACAUCUUUCUGCUGUUGUGAGAACAGCACAUCUGCCUGGCCUCUGCACAUCUGUGCUGACUGCCGUGUGUGUGUGUGUGUGUGUGUGUGUGUGUGUGUGUGUGUGUGUGAUGGCUACAUUAUCUAAUCUCAAGAAAUCUUCAGCAUUUUGGGGGGGGUCUCAUCUUUGUAUGGAAUCACAUUGGUUUUUCUACUGCAGGAGAGUCCAACAAAUACACCAUUUGCCUUAACCAACAGAGGAAUUGGGUUCCAAGCUUACUCCAUUGCCACAUCUCAUUGGGGAAAAAAGAUUUGUGGUCCCAUGGACACCCGUCUUCUUAGGAAUUAACAAACAACGAAGGAUCUUGGAUCUAUUUUAAUACUCACCAGAAAUCUUGUCCAGUGCAUUUUCUAAAUGGUGCAUGUGGCCUGUGAUUGGAUCCAUCAAAUCCAUCAUCACAGUUAACAAUUUUUCUGAGUCCUAAGCGGGUUUUUUGUUAAUUAUUUCUCAUGACAAACAUACUUGAAGGAAAUGAUAGGAAAUGGUAGGGAAGGGCAGGGAAACUAAACAGAGAAAAGCCUCACUUUGGGAAUAAAGGAAUAGGGGCUGAUUCAUUUUUACCAUCAGAGCUUCCUGAACCUUUUGGAUUUAAAACUGAAGAAGAGAAUUAUUUUUAGAACCAUUUUAAGGUAUGUUCUCAUGAACACCCAGGGGCAUAUUGUUCAUAUGAGGUAAUAGAAGUGAAGGGAAAUUCUGCGUGAAAAGGGAAAACAUUCCGGGAAUUCUGCCGUGCUGCCCAGAGAGAGGCCAGGCCAUGUGAGGGAGGAGCAGGAAGGGUCAGUGAGCCCAAGGACACACACACACAUACAUACAUACACACACACACACACACACACACACACAUAUGCACACAAAAUGCUCACGCCCACAGUGCCCACCUGCAUACCCACACCCGCACAUAGGAGCACACAAACAUGCACACACGUUGUCCCACCUUUCUUCAGGUGAAGUCACAGCAUGUGACACAGUCUGGGCUCGUUUUCAGAGUUGCUGAAUGAUGUCAUUAAGAGCCCAAAAGAUGAGAAAGCGGCAAGAGGAGGGGCGCUGAUGACUGCCAUCAGGUUCUUUGCCUCAUGGCUUGUCUAGGAAAGCAAACUUUGUUUUCUGAAGCCACCUGGUCCAGGAAAACAAAGAUGAAAUUUGGGGGUCUCAUUCAGAAGGAAGCUACUCUUCCUGCAGGUCUGGAGCAGCGGGAAAAUCUGCCCCUGCUCCCAGAAAGGACAAGAGAGGAGCAAGCUUUGAUCCCCUAACCGGUUUGUGCCUUUCCAGUAGAACCUAUUCAUUCUUGUUUUCAAAAGCAACAAAACCAUCCUCAGCCGCUGAGAAUGGUGGACAGAGACCAAUCGAUGUCGCAGCAUCCUGUGUGAUUCCUCCUUGGAGCAAGCAAAGUGCAGUGUUUAUACUGGUUUCCCUCACAUCUGGUUGGGAAAAGUGAUUUAUUAGCACAAAAUUAGCUAACGCGCCAACACAAGAAAUCCCAAAGCAGGUAACCUUGCCUUUUGUGAGCUUCACAGAGGUAGAUUCCUUGAUAACUACAAGUGAGCUUCUCUAGAAUGUUAUUGUACCCAACGACUUCUCACACAUUAUGUUGGAAAUCUCAAUUUUCUGAAAUAUAGAGUCAACUUGCAAAUUUCCAUUUUUGAAUACUUUUGCAUUAUCAAAACUAAUGCUGCCAUUGAUCUCACAAAAUUUUGCAAAGAAGAUAUUCUUAAUUAGCUAAUCACUACAUGUUUACUAAUGCUGAUAAGUCACUUUUUAAACAAUCAUAUUUGUAAGUUGCAUCGUGUCAACUGUUUCUUUUUCUUUAUUUUUUUAAACAUGAAACUUACUGGUUCAGGUUCAAAUUUGAGGGUUGUUUUUUCUAAACUAAAACUCGUUUCAAGUGUAACUAAAUGCUGUGUUGUCGAUACUGUGUUUCUGCAUUAACUCGAUGGCCACUUUGGGGAUGAGGACAGUUUUCUGUGCUUGCUGAAUGAAUAUUCACGGUGUUUAAAAUAUUGGCAUCUUCCAUUAGCCAACACUGUAAAAUAAAACAU